AUGUCUUCCUAUCAACAUCCAGAGAACCCAAUGCAUCCGGCUGUCCUCUCCAUGGAAGUGGAUGAUGAAGAUUCCUUUGAAAGUGAAUAUAGACUGCGAAUCGGAAAUCAAGUCAAAUAUAUCAUCAUAUCUCCCAAAACCUUCGACAGAGAUACGCUUUCAUUCCCUGUUCAGUCCCUGCCAAGUCUUCCUUGGUACGAUGAAUGGACAGUAGCCCACAUUUCGCGAGACAAAACUAGCGGCGACUUGAAAACCUCGAUCUCGAACCGACCUCUAGCCGGCGUCAAGUGUCAAUGGCAUCACGCCCUAUUUGAUUGCCUAGAGUUAGAGAGAACCAAGCUGCUCACGGCAUCGGCAUUCGAAGCAGUCUUGCAUCUAAUUCUCCCAACCAUCUUCCAAACGCCAGCGACCGUUAUCGCUAAAAUAGCUCGUUUCGAAUGGGAGAUUCCUCGUAUCGAACGAGAAACAAGAGCAUAUCAGCUGCUGGAGUAUUCCGGGCUGACGCCGCGUUUCCUCGGCCAUAUUCAUGAAAAUGGACGCAUCAUGGGGUUUCUAUUAGAGAAAAUAGAAGGACGCCCUGCUUCCAUUCAGGAUCUGGAUAUCUGUGAAGCAGCUCUGGGGAAACUCCACGAAUUGGGAUUUUUACAUGGGGAUGCGAACCGAUACAACUUUCUCGUAGCGGAGGGGGGGGGUAAAACUUCUCGACUUUGA